GAGCUGCCACGUAGCGUCACCAAACCCGCUGGGGAGGCAAAGAAGAAAACAAGAAGGAGGAGAAGAGAAGCACGUCCGGCGAACCGCAGUCGACGGCUUCUCUGUGCGUAAACCCCCCCAGUUGAUGUGUCCCACCGCAACUGCCACUGCUGCGUGAGUUGACUUGAAACAUAUCAGCCGCAUCGUUUUUCUCCGCUUUAGAUAAAGAGAGAGAGAGAGAGAAGGAACCUCGUCCAUAAGCACGCCCGAAUCUGCUGAAACGAUCAUUAGUUAUUAAUUCACCUUUAAAAAAGAGGACAGACAAAUUAAAAACCGCAAGUACCCGCCUAGCACAAUGCAGGAGUCGGAUCGCCUCAAGCAGGAGGGCAACGCCUCUUUCCAGAACAAGAAGUUCCACCACGCCAUCGACCUCUACAGCCAAGCCAUUGAGGCGUACAAGACGCCGACGCUGCUGUGCAACCGCGCCUUCGCGUACUUGAAAGUGGAGCUCGCCGGUGCGGCGCUCGCGGACGCGCAGAAGGCGAUCGAGUUGGAGCCGGGCUUUGUCAAGGCCUAUUACCGCAAGGCCUCCGCCCACCUCCUCCUUGGCAAGUUCAAAGACGCACAGAAGGACUUUGCGGUGGUGCUGAAGCUCGUGCCGACCGACAAGGACGCCAAGGAGAAGUACGACCUCUGUGAGAAGGAGCUUAAACGCAUUCGGUUUGAAAACGCGAUCAAGUCCAAAGAAGGGGAGCCGGUCUCGGUGACGGUGAAGCUCGGCACCGUGUCGCCGCUCUACGACGGCCCCCGCAUCGAGAACGACGUCAUCACGGUGGAGUUUGUGGAGAGCAUGAAGGAACACUUGCGGCUGGAAAAGAAGAUCGACCGGCACGAUGUCGUCUUUAUUUUGCUGCGUGUACUCGCGAUUUGCAAGACGUGCCCGAACUUUGUGGACAUCACCGUGCCGGACGGCGAGGACAUCACCGUGUGCGGCGACACGCACGGCCAGUACUACGACACGCUGAACAUCUUCAAGCUGAACGGCAACCCGUCGCCCACAAACCGCUAUUUGUUUAACGGCGACUUCGUCGAUCGCGGCUCCUACUCCGUGGAGAACGUGCUGGUGCUCUUCGCGUACAAGCUGCUCUACCCGAAUCACGUCUUUCUAUCUCGCGGCAACCACGAAGGCCUCCCCAUGAACCGCGUCUACGGCUUUGAGGGCGAGGUGCGGGCCAAGUAUUCUGCGGAGGUCUUCGAUUUGUUCUCCGAGGUUUUCAACGCCCUGCCCACCGGCCACAUCAUAAACAAGCAAGUGUUUGUGGUGCACGGCGGGUUGUACUCAAGCGAUGGUGUCACGAUUGCGGACUUGCAGAAGCCGAACCGGUUCCGCGAGAUCCCCGAGAAGGGCCUCAUCUGUGAGAGUCUGUGGGCGGACCCGCAGCCGAUGCCGGGGCGGACGCCGAGUAAGCGCGGGGUGGACUGCCCCUCCUUCGGCCCCGAUGUGACGGCGAACUUCUUGAAGACGAAUGACUUGAGACUGGUGGUGCGCUCGCACGAGGUGAAGGAUGAGGGCUACGAGGUGGACCACGACGGCAAGUGCAUCACCGUCUUUAGCGCUCCGAACUAUUGUGACCAGAUGGGGAACAAGGGUGCCUUUAUUCGCCUGACGGGUGGGGUGAUGGAACCGAAGUACACAACCUUCACGGCGGUGCCGCACCCAGGAAAGCGUCCAAUGGCGUACGCCUCUGGCUUUGGUCUGCUGUAG